AUGACCAUUAAUCGCAUCACGCUGUUCAAGAUCGCCAAGGACGAAGACAGGGCGACGCUGCUAGGCUUCUACAAGACGAUGCAGCAGACCGCCCUCAAGGACGGCAAGCCGUACAUCCUCGGUGUCAAAGCCGGCGUCGCGGCGCCCAACCCGCGGGACCAGGGCUAUACCGUCGCCGUGCAGUCGACGUUCGCCUCGACGGAGGACAUGGCCUUUUACGACAACGAGUGCGCGGGCCAUGCGAAGCUCAAGGCUUUUGUGAAGACGGUGCACGAGGGGGCCAUGAUGGUGUAUUUCGAGAACGCUCUUGAGUGA